UUUAUAAAUAAGCCGGUAGUCAGUUUAAAAUUUAGAAUUAAAACAGUAGUAUUCUAAUUGUCAAUACACACUCAAAAAUGGCAGCUUCACUUGUUGGUAAAUACGAAUAUGAUAAAAAUGAAAAAGUGGCAGAUUUUUACAAAGGAUUACAUGUACCUGAAACAAUGAUUGAGAGACUUGUACCAAAAGCUGGAAUGAAAAGAGAAAUUACUGUUGAUGGAAACAAAAUAACAAUUGUUGGUUCAUCCCCUGUAACUUUCGUCUUGGAUACUGAAAUUGAAGAAACUAACGAACAUAAUUACACAUUCAAGAGUACAGCAAAACUUGAUGGUAAUGUUUUAAUCGUGGAUAGCAAAAGUGUUAAAGACGAUGUCACUCUACAUCGAACCUACCAAACUAAUGAAAAAGGGCUCAUGGUUGUUCUAACCGCAGACCAAACCGAUGUUGUAGCUAAGAUAUACUUUAAAAGAGUGUAAAACAGUAUUGUAAAACAGAAAUAAAAUAAAAAAAUUGCCUUGUGAAUCGAAA